AUGCUGGACGAUGUCAUCAUCCAAGAGGGUGAAUUCACGACGGACUACUUCACCAAGCUGGACGUGCAAGGCAUGGCCGAGAGUGACGAGCGUGACGGUCACGACGAAGCCAGCGCGGCGAUGGAUCGCGUGCUCGGCAAUCGGGUCGGAGGCAGUACCCGGGUGUUCGAAGCAGCCGAGGACAAGGAAGACCUGGAUGCGGCGAAGAACGCACAGAAAGAACAAGAGCAUGCGGAUGAUGGGGAUUUCGAAGAAAACGCUCAAACCACUAGUGGAGCCACCGACGUAUCGGCCGACCCAAGUGCGCCACACGUGGGCAGUCAGCCUGGCCACAUCGACGACUAUUUGUUGCGGUUCAUGGAGUGGAACAUGAGGGACGAACCCCUGGUUCUGCCCCCGGACAAAAGCAAGAAGAAAUCCAAAAAGGGCAAGGAGCAUCAUCUGAAGAGGCGGCGAUAG